AUGAAUAAACGUAUUUUAUCAUAUUUAAAUCAAUUAGAACCUCCAAUUGACAUUGAUUUACCAAAUAAAAAUGUACGAUGGUUAUAUCCAUAUAAAAAUGCCGAAACUUGGCGAUGCGUCGAAUCUUUCUAUUCCAAGUAUUACUCCGAUAAACACGAACGCAUUCUUAUUCUCGGAAUAAAUCCUGGUCGAUUCGGUAGUGGAACUACAGGUGUACCAUUGACUGAUCCCAUACGUUUAAAAACUGACUGUGAUAUCGAUUCAGAUUUUCCACCCAAACCGGAACUAUCAUCUCAAUUCAUUUACGAUUAUUUCUUUCAACAAUAUCCGAUGAAAGAUUUCUACCAGAAGUUUUUUAUCGGUGCUGUUUGUCCACUUGGUCUCGAAUGUAAUGGACGAAACAUGAACUACUAUGAUAAUAAAGUUUUCAUGAAGAAUUUACUUGAAAACUUCAUUCCAGAUCAUAUUGAUCAACAAAUCAAUCUUGGUUGUUCGAACAAAGUUGCCAUUUGUCUUGGUGAAGGUAUUAAUUAUUCAACAUUAGAUAAAUUAAACAGCAAAUAUCAAUUUUUCAAAAAAAUCCUCAAAGUUUCACACCCACGAUACAUUAUGCAAUAUAAACGAAAGCAGAUUAACGAUUACGUUCAACAAUAUAUCAAUGCAUGUCAUUUAGCAUUAAAACUUGUUUCGAAAUAG